UGUCGGCGUUCUGUAGGCAGAAUGACCGGAAAGCAAUAGAGCCGAUAGGUAUAUUAACAAUAUAACCUCACUAGAAGACCCUCGUCUCACUGCCAACCAUUGCCAACCCUCGCCAAGUGGUCCCAAGAAGACGCUGCCUGUCGCCGCUUACGCGAAUAUUUCUUCUGAUCAGUAUACAGGAAUCUCCACAAAAAUUUUGACGAUGAACCCAGGCAGAGCUUUCACCCGGGCGCUCCCAGCUGAGACCUUCGACACGCGUGUUCUCUUCUGCUAAUUUUCUUCACUUCUGCAAUUCCUCUCGAGAAUAAUCACCAACCAACCACGAUCUCGCUACCAUGGAAAAAUCUCAGAAUCAGAACCAGGAUGCCGAGACGCUCAGAUCUGAUAUCGAGGCUGUCAGGUCCUGUCCGGUCCCGACCGGGAGACGACUCGCGAACCCGAACCCCCUUGGAUUCGGCGCCUUUGCAACAACACUCAUGACCCUCUCCCUCUCAAACAUGGGCUUCCGCGGCGUCUCGAACCAGACACUUUUCAUCGCGGACCUCUGCCUCCUCGCUGGAUUCGGCCUGCUGAUUUCCGCACAGUGGGAGAUGGUUCGCGGUGGCACGUUUGGGUAUACGGUUCUCGCUGCUUUUGGCCUGUAUUACGCCGGAUACGGAGUCCUCCUCAUGCCGUCGAUGGGCAUCACGAAUGCAUACGGCGGACAGACGACGGAAUUCUAUAAUGCGUUUGGGUUUUACUUGCUCGUCUGGUCCAUCCUGAAUUUCUUCUUCUUUCUUGCUUCUCUUGCAACAAACAUCCCCAACAUAAUAAUCUACUCCGCCCUCGAACUCUCCUACAUCUUCAACUGCGCCGCACACUUCACAAUCGCCGACGGGAACACGCGCAUGGGAGAAGCGCUGACGAAGACAUCCGGGGCCUUCGGAUUCGUCUCGGCACUUGCGGGAUUCUAUAUGCUGUGUCAUGAUCUUUGUCAGGAUUCGUUGCCGUUUAGGUUGCCGUUGGGUGAGACGUCGAGGUUUUCUGAGCAGCGGAGGAGGGCGGAAGGCGAGAAGGAGAUGUAGACUGUGGAGCGCUGGCACUUUAUCUGAUGGAGCAGUCCUAUUUCGGGAUGGAUGGAAUGGUGUAGUGUAUAUAGGUGAGGAUUUAGCGUGUAAGUUUGCAAUAGGAGGAAGGUCCAAGACAUAUCGGUACCAAGGGUCAGGUGCGGUACUUUGCAUGUUUUCUUUAACAGGAGCACCCCUGCGAAGUAGAAGAAAGCGGAUCAUCGACAA